CGUUGAACGGAAUAGUUCUCUGCUGGCACGCUGCGGCGUAACAACCGAAAUAAUACAUAGUAAAGCUGCGGACCGGUAGGUUAUGCCCGCUGACAAAUUAUUGUGCUGACGCUUUUCGGAACCGUCAAAACAAACCGUAACGUCGUCGUUAAUUAUUAUAUCGCGUGUUCAUCGUAGUUAUAUUUUAUGGUUUUUUUAUGCGCGAGUGUUCGUCGCCACGCAGAGCCCGUCCGGCAGUCGACCGAGAUCGGCCGGUACACGGAGCGACAUGACCGCUUCGCUACAGCUGCUUUCCUGUCGUUUUCCCGGACAGAAACCGUCGGCGAGAUCGACGAUGACCUACAACAAUAAUACUACGUCGCUAUAAUAUUACAUAUACCCAUCGGGUUUUCGCGUGUCCUUGUUAGCUGCCGCCAAAGGAUCGCGUUCAUGCCAGGCGAGCCAUGAGGCUUAUCAUUCCAUGUCAUGGUGGUAGUGAGAGUACAAAAAGCCCGAGUAUUUCGCUACACGCCGACCGCAAAGAUCUGGGCAUGGACCAUCAAGGUGCUUCCGUUCGUUUUAGUGCUGAUCGUCGUUUUCGCCAUGUGCUUCUUAGCUGUAACUCGCGCUCCAGCUUUACAAAAACGAAAUUCUUUGAAAGCCAACAGUUUACAAGUGGCAAAAUUAAAACCAGAUCCAGCUAGCAGUGUACAAAAUAAAGAUUUCCAGUUAGAACGUUUGUUGAAGUCUAAACCGCCAAACCUUCAUUUGUUCGUCACUCAGUUAAAGAACGAAGCUAACGGAUACUGUAUGGGAAAAUUAGCAGAGUUACACAGAAAUGCAGAGAAGGCAAAUGUUAUUUCAGAACGAUUAGAGCCAUGUCGACCAAAACCAUGGUGUCCAAAAAUACCACCAGUGUUAUACGGUGCUGAGAAAUUGGAUAGCGUUGCUGUUAAUAUGACCGAAGAGGAAAUCGUGGACGCAGUUGGAUCAAUGGGCGUGGGCGGUUCUUGGGCACCGGAUGAUUGUAAAGCUAGACACUCAGUGUGCAUCAUCAUACCUUACAGGGACAGAAAGGAUCAUUUAUGGACAUUGUUGUACAGGCUCAUACCGGUAUUGAAAAGACAACAGUUGGAUUUCAAAAUAUUUGUCGUCGAACAGGUCAGCAAUGCAACGUUCAAUAAAGGUGCAAUUAUGAAUGCAGCUUUUUUAACGAUUUACCGAACUUACGGCCUACGAGGUGAAGGUGAUUGGCAUAAAGGUUUAUACGGCUGUUAUGUCUUCCAUGACGUGGACAUGUUGCCAGAGGACGACAGAAACAUGUACAGUUGUCCAGAAUUUCCCAGACAUCUGUCAGUGGCCGUCAAUGAAUUUAAAUAUCAAUUACCCUACCACAAAUUGGUUGGCGGAGUGUUCAACAUAAGACCGGAUCAUUAUUUACUUGUCAACGGUUACUCAAAUCUAUUUUGGGGUUGGGGUGGCGAAGAUGACGAUAUGGGAUAUAGAUUGGAACAGGUCGGGUUGCCGAUCACCAGGCCGCCCGAGCGAUUGGCUCGGUACACGAUGGUCAAGCACGUCAAACGUAAACCGCUCGCUCACGCCAUCCGGCUCAAGUUGGUGCACACAAGUCAAAAACGUUACCGGGCCGACGGGCUGAACACGCUCAAGUACGAAGUUUUCCGGGUGGACACCGAGAAGCUGUACACCCGGAUACUGGUGGGCGUCGGCGACAUGCCCGAGUACGUCCGAUCGUUCGAAGUCUCCCGACGAUCCACCUCGUCACAAAACAAACGGUGGAAAUGAUCGCGCUGUAUAACGACUGCACUAUCGAUAAUAUGUAUAUAUAUAUAUAUAUAUAUGUGGCAGUAGGUAUGUUUGUUAAUUGGAUCGUCAGUAUAUAAUCCUGGCUACGGUUCGUGAUGCAGUGCGAGUAUUUUAGUGAAGUUUAUUUUUUUUUUUGAACGACCUACCCAUUGUCGCGGUAAAAUAUCGCAGGAGGUUAUUAGUAAUAUUUAAAAUUGCAUUAAAAAAAAAAAAAAAAUUAAAUUGCACUUAAGAUAUUUGCACUACAUACGUCUUGCAGAGCUAGGGUUACUGACUCCAUUUAAUCAUCUAUACACUUUAUAUAAUAUGACCUAUAUUUCAUGUAUGACCUCUCGUAUACUUGCUAUAUAUAUUUUAUAUUCUUUUAAUACUGUUAUAAAAUAUAGUGUACCUACCUACCUACCAUGCGGCAGUAUAUAAUUAUAUUAUACAUGAUAUUAUAGUGCGCAAGAUCGUAACUGGGCGUGGGGUUAAUGUCCAGAUUUUUUCCAUAAGUAGAAACAUUUAUCAGUAAAAAUUGGUUAAUAUCGUAUCGACAAUAAUUUUAUGAUCUUUUAAUAUUAAAAAAAAUAAUGUGGACACCGACACCUAUUUGUUUUCGCAGUUCCGGUCAUGUUUUUACGAACGCAGCGGCGUGCCCAGGGAGGGAGGUUAGGGGUUUUAUCCUUAAUUUAUUUUUGUCUUUGGAUCAUCACAAUUUAUUUAAAUGUAUUAUUAUACUUACAAAAUUUAUCUCCCCUCCCCCCUUUGAAAAUUCCUGGGCACGCCACUGUACGUUGAUAUGAUAAUAAAUCGUUGAGUAUUUAGAUACUAGAUAGUUACUAUACAAUACUGCAGGCUCUAUCCUAAAGAUUUUUCAUUUUUACCCAAAGUAUAAUGUAGCAUGACAAAUGUUGAUGACUGAAACUCUGACGAGGGGGUAGUAGAACCAGUAGAGGUAACUUUUAAGGUCGUCAAAUGUUUAUUAUUUUGAUAUAAUAUCACAGUUAUAAGAUAGGAUUACGAGAAUUUUAAAAUUAAAAAGCUUAAAGUUAUCUUUGCCCCCUCGGUCACGAAAUGUCCAAACAUUCUGCUAUAUUGUAUAAUUAUUGUUAUAUUCACUUCAUUUUUAUAAUUCGUAUUAUUAUUAUAACGACGCCGUAAUAUGAAUCGAAAGACUAUAGGUACAUGUGAUAAUAUAUUGUAUUUCGACUUAUCACACAUGAUAGUUAAGUCGCGGACUGCACUAUUUAAUAUUUUCACUUUGAUUUCUAUUAUUAUUUGUAAGAAUAAGGCCUUUAUUGUAUAGAUGUAUAAUUAUACUAUUACUAUCUAUACUAAAUAUCAUACUUGGUAGGUAUAUUUUAGGCGAGUAGUAUAUACCUAUAAUAUUACUUCCAUACUUAUCUACGUAUAGCUACCUAUAAGAUACACACUGUUAUGCUAUUUAAGCGUGUACCCAUGGGAUGUACUGUUAUAUGUAUAUAUUUAAAAACUAUAUUUAUUAUUUAUUUUUGUAUAUGGUGUUUGUAACUGUUGAGACUCGUAUAUUAUAUAAAAAAUGUAUAUACCUAUCAUCUAUAUAAUCUAUGAUAUAAUAUUAUGUCUAGGCCAUUUGUAAAAUUUGACUUAUAACUUCAGUCGUUGUGACAUUUGAAAUAAUAUUUUGUUCCUCAAUUAUUUUAUCGCCAUAUCGAUUGAUUCUUAGGCCUAUUAUUGCAACGACGUUUUGGAAAUGGUUGUUAAUGUUAAUGUUUUUUUUUUUUUUUUAAAAAAAAGUUAACAGGUAUAUGGUUUUUAAAUUAUUGUAAAAUAUACCGUUCUUAAAUAGCAUUAUUACUUAAGCUAACAGCUGCAUAUUAUCUAUUAUAUAGUUGAAUUGUUAAUUUGUAAAAAAAUGAAAAAUCUUGUUGUUAUUGUAUGAUGUACUGCAGUUAUUGAAUUACUACUUUUUUUGUUUUUAUUCGAAUAUGCUGCUUUCGCGUCAUAGCGAAAUUAGAAAUAAUAUUAUAAUUCCUAUAACGGACUGCUCCAUUGCGAUAAAUGGUCUAGAAUUUCCACGUCUUUUCCAAACGGCAAGCGACAUAUAUAUUAUCAUUGUAAAUUGUAAUACGCCUAUUAUACAUUAUUAUAUUAUACGCGUUUGAAUAAUUCGUCCUCUUAAUAUUAUUAUUAUUAUAAUACGCGUUUGAAUAAUUCGUCCUCCUAUUAUUAUUAUUAUAUAAUUAUUAACUAUUAUAGUUUGGAAACAAUUGUUGAAUUAGCAUAUAAACAGAUUUUGUUUUUUGAAAUUAUGUUAUUUUUAAUAUAUUAUACUGUGUUCUUAAAAAUA